AUUAAUCUACGUCUGAAAAUGUUUCAUCAACUUAAAUCGACCUUUGUGUUGGUACUCUUUUUGAGAUUAUUUUUGGAAUCUCGUGCUGCAUUGGACAUUUGCAUUAAAUGCAGUUGUCAGGGAAAUAGAAUAAAUUGUUCAUCUCGCAACCUGACUUCGGUCCCACGACCCAUUCCACCGAAUAUUGAAUAUCUGAACCUGACUUUCAAUCAUAUAAACGAAAUCAAACCAGGAACCUUCCAAAAUCUUCCUAAUUUAACAACUUUAUAUUUGAAUAACAAUGAUAUAAAAGAACUCAAAGCCGGAUCCUUUCAAAAUCUCCCCAGUUUAGGAGGAUUGUAUUUACAUGAAAAUAAUAUUAGUGAAAUCCAUGUAGAAGCCUUCCAGAAACUUCCCAACUUAGUAGAUUUAUAUUUGAAUAACAAUGAUAUAAAAGAACUCAAAGCCGGAUCCUUCCAAAAUCUCCCCAGUUUAAGAACAUUGACAACGUAUUCCAAUCAUAUAAACGAAAUCAAACCAGGAACCUUCCAAAAUCUUCCCAAUUUAAGAUAUUUGGUUUCGCAUAAAAAUGAUAUUAAGGAAAUCCAUGCAGGAGCCUUCCAGAAUCUUCCCAGCUUAAGAGAAAUAUUAUUGUAUGAUAAUGACAUAAAAGAACUCAAAGCCGGAUCCUUCGAAAAUCUCCCCAAUUUAAGAGUAUUGGUUUUGCAUGAAAAUGAUAUUAAGGAAAUCCAUGCAGGAGCCUUCCAGAAUCUUCCUAGGUUAGAUGCGAUAUAUUUGCAUUACAAUGAUAUAAAAGAACUCAAAGCCGGAUCCUUUCAAAAUCUCCCCAGUUUAACAACAUUAGUUUUGGCUUAUAAUGAUAUCAGGAAAAUCGAAUCAGGAGCCUUCCAAAAUCUUCCCAGUUUAACAGAUCUUGACCUCAAAAACAAUACAGGUAUGAUGUGUGGAUGUUAUCUGCCAGCCUUGGUAAAUUAUACGAAAACAACGUUCAACAGAAAGGUGACUGUCCGGGGCCAGUGUCAGGCAGAUGUUGGCAAUAACCAAACCAAAUCAAUACCGAUACUGGAAUAUUCCGAAUGUAAAAGUUGGACCAAUUCUUUUGUAUUUUAUCUGAUUUUCAAUUCUACAUUGAAGAAGUUCAAUGAAUAUAAAAGUUCGGGUGUUAACAUAUCUAGAGCUAUAGAGCAUGAGUUAUCAAACUUGACAGGAACAUUCGAAGUUGCGUAUUGUGGUUCUGAAAACAAUAGCGGAGUAUUUACUAUUAAUUGCACAGUAUCACUUAUAUUUACUAAAGACCAAAUUUUUAAACAAGUUUCCGAAACUUUUAAGACAUCACAGACUUUGCGUGAUUUGGGAUUGCAACAAGGGAACACGGAGUUAUUUGAUGAAAUGGCUGUGUGGUAAAAACAUUACAGA